AUUUUGCACCAAAUACAACAAAGUGCGGUUACGGCAAACCGAAAUCUCAACCUGACAAAGGCGCAGAUCGCGUCUAAAGAGCGUGAGCGACGGAUCCUGCAACUCACCAUCAAAGAAGUUUCGUCCUUGGAAUCAGACGUGAACGUAUACCGUGGUGUGGGCAAGAUGUUUUUGCAUAUACCGAAACCUGAGAUGGAAAAGGAUUUGAAGAAGCAGGAAAAAGACCUUUCAGAUGACCUAGACAGUCUGGCAAAGAAGAUGGAACGCGACUUACAGAGCAAGUAUUUGGAAAAGGAGUUUAAUGAGGCGCAGGGACAGCUACGUGAUAUUGUGAUUCCAAGGCUCCACACGUCGCUAGUCGAGGAGCUGCCUAGUUACAUAGGUCAUCACAAUCCUCUCUCUCACACACACUACUCUGUCGAGUCUCGAAUUGAGUAUCGCCUAAGUACAAUACAGCACACGAUCAACAAACGGUCAAAGGGAUGGAGGAUGGAACGGGAUUCCGCGAUCCGUAUUGGUGGCAAAGCUGCGGCGCUUGACCCAAUUACAAGGCGCAUAUUGGAAAUGUUGGCUAGCGCACCCAAGCGAUCGUUUAGCAUGUACCCACAGAGAAGAACUCGACAAACGCCGCAGUUUUCCAAAGGACCUAUGGACAAGAUGAGUGUGCGCGUGAUGAUAGGAGGAAGUCAUACACCCUUAAGCGAACAAGAAACUCCAAUACUGGUCCGUACCUGGAUCGGCUGGUCGCCGGCAAAUCGCAAACAGACCUUUAGGAUCGCUGAUUUAUUUGCCCGGGCGAAUCAGAGGACUGACCAGGAUCUGACUUUCGAUUUGUCGGAUUCUCUGGUGCCUCGAGCCAAUCAGAGCAUGAGGUUGAUAGGCGAGAGAGGGAGGCAAAGUCCGAAUAACGAGUUUGGCUUUAUUGCCUAUACGCUGUGGGGUGUUAUCAAAGAUAUCGAAGAUACGGCAUAUGGAGGUCACUGCGAUUUCAUUUAG